AAUCGUCGGCUUGUAAGAGAUAAGACGCGAGCAGGUAAGCUGAGCUGCAUAAGCUAAACUAUAUAUGUAGUUGUUUAAAGUAAUGUAAUGUAAUAUGGCGAACUAACGAGGACUGACAACGAAAUCUUUGACCUUUGCCCGAAUGACAUUUGUAUUACAUCAGCUGACAAAUUACAAAACUCGUAUUCGUCGAAAACACAGUAGAGGUGAUAAGACUGAAUAUUGUUUAGUUUACAUUUUACAACUACCAAUACUGAUUCAUUUUAUAUUAAAAACAUGGUGUCGGCUCCGGUGAUUUAUGCAGCAGUGCCCAUCUCAGUAGUAGUGGCGAUUGGAUUAAUACGUAAACUGAGAUCCAGAAAUUGGGGCAAAUGUACUAGUAAUACAUGUCUGAGAGGCAAAACCUUUCUGAUAACCGGUGCAAACAGUGGUAUCGGACUUGAAACAGCUAAAGCCUUGGUUAAAAGAAAAGCCCGCGUUAUCUUUGCAUGCAGAGACAUUGCAAAGGCGAAAGAAGUUAUUGCCGCAAUACGAGAGGAACAGCCAAAUGGUGGUGAAAUGAUUCCGAUGCAGCUUGACCUUUCAUCAUUUGAAUCUAUAGAAAAUUUUGUGGAUAUUAUAAAGGCUGGUUUCCAUAAAAUAGAUGUCCUUAUAAACAAUGCUGGUGUUGUUGUUCCUUUGAAUCAAGAUGAGAAGACAAAAGAAGGAUUUGAAAUACAUUUUGGUGUGAACCACCUAGGCCACUUUUAUCUUACUAAUCUUUUGUUAGACCAUUUGAAGAGGGCUACUCCAAGUAGAAUUGUAAUCGUGUCUUCAACGUUACACGAAAAAGGAAAAAUCGAUUUUGACGACCUAAACUUAAGGUCGGAAAUAGAAUUAGCGAAAAAGGGCAAAAGCGGUCGUCACAACCCCGGUUAUUGCAACUCCAAACUAAUGAAUGCAUACUUUAUGAGAUCAUUAGCUGCAAAAUUGAGAAAUUCUGGGGUCGAUGUCAACGCAUGCUGCCCAGGAUUCUGUUACACGAACUUAUUCAGAUAUUCGGUAAAAUGGUACCACUACAUUAUGAUGGCGCCAAUCUUUCUUCUUUUCAUGAGAUCGGCUAAACAGGGUUCCGAAACAGUAUUGUUCUGUGCCACAGAUCACAGUCUUGAAGGGAAAUCGGGUCGGUUUUACCGCGACUGUGUCGAAUACGACACCAAGUAUCCAUUUGACAGGGCCGUCGAGAACAAACUGUGGGAGGUCAGCGAGGACCUCAUCAAAGCCAGGAAGCCGCUGUGAAUCCGAAAAUACAUCCAAUGACACGUCAUCUCGAAUCGGUCGAUCUGUUUCGCAUUUUUAUACCAAAAUUAUAAAUUAACUAGCGACCCGCCCUCGCUUCGGUUCGGAAACAUGAAAUUUUAUUAUUGAUUAUUUACGACAUCACAUUAGCAACCUCAAAAAUAACAGUAUUUCUCCACUAUUUAGUGGAUGUUAUUAUACAUAUAAACCUUCCUCUUCAAUCACUCUAUCUAUUAAAAAAAAGCCGCAUCAAAAUCCGUUGGGUAGUUUUAAAGAUUUAACCAUACAUAGGGAUAUAGGGACAAAGAAAGCGACUUUGUUUUAUACUAUGUAGUGAUUAAAUCAAUUAAUUCACAAAAAGAAACCGAAAAAGCGCUUCAAAAUUUCGGGCAUUUUCGUAAGAUUUAGAUAGACCUUAAUAUUAUAAGAAUAGCAACUAAACUUGUAUGACACUUUAAAAUAAAUAACAUUAUUAGCGAUUGUAAAGGUGUUUUGUUUGGCGUACGAAAAUAUAGUUUAUAUACACGGUGUAGUGGCCAAAUCGUGGUGUAGUGAUUUGUUUUAGGGAAACCACGUUUGUGGCACGAUUACACUUAUAAUGAAUUCUAAGCAAAUUCUAUUGCUAACUUAUGGAAUUCAUUUUAAAUAUGGAUGGUAAGGUAAUGGUGUCCAAUAAAGAUAUAUUAUAUUCAUAUUAAGAUGACGUUGCUAUGAAAGUGCCAAUAUUUAAAGACAGCAUCAUGACAAUGUUUUCUCAGGUAUUGAAUUUGGAUAAAUAACGUUAUCAAAUCUAUAUUUAUUACUAUACUACUUGUUAAUCGCGGCUUCGCUCGCGUGGUCAAGGAACAGUGUCAAUUAAUUUUUCUAUAUUAAUAAAACAGUUUCAUGUGGGAAUUGGAUGUUUUUUUCGGGAUAAAUGGUAGCCUAUGUCACUUAUCUAUUACUUUCCGUUGCUUCGGUUCGGCGUGUGAAAGAAGGACAAACAAACAUACAUACUAUCACAUAUUGCACCUUUCGAAUUGAAGUUGGCUUAAUUCAAAAUUCUUGUUUUUGGGUAAAUGCCAAAAAUGUAAUUAAAGAAUUGAAGACAAUUUCUCAGUGCGAUUUUAAUAAUUUAAGCCUUAAAAUGCAUACCUUAAAGUUUAAAGUACGCGCUUGAUUUAAAAGAGAUGGAAAAUGUACUUUGUCCUUUUCUAGAUAAAAAUUUAAAUUUAAUUUUUAACUUUAUUGUACAUAAGCCGUUCUAAGUAUAAAACUCAUUUUCUUCAAAUUUUUAGUUAUGUCACUUCAAUUCUAAAAGUGCUAUAUAUAAUAUUAAAUUAGAUUUACUGUACAUAAAACAUACAGUAUAAUUAUGUAUUAUUAUUUUUUACAUUUUUAUGCGUUCUAAGUAUCAAGGUUAUCUAUCAUCUAUCUUUAAAGAGUUUUAGCAAACUACAAAAACAGAGCGAUAAUAUACAAAAAUAAUGCAUUACAUAAGUUCUAAAAUGUUGAAAGAUACAUUUAUUAUCAAUUUAUAAAAUUCGCGUUCUAUUAUGUACGUUAUAUUUGAGAGGUUUUAUUUUGUUCUCAGAUAAUUAAUUCACUAUUAUUCGGCUCAUUUCUGGCAGCUCUGUUCUUUAAUAUGGCAACAUUUGAAUUUUUUACAACUGGUCGUUUAAUGGUUUUAAUAUGACAUUUCUUACAAUUCCAGUUUUAUCAAUGGUGUCCCCUCCUGAAUACGCGAUUUUUAUUUUGUAGUUUUAGGCGAAUAUAGGUCGAUGUAUGGCUUUUAGUUGUAUAAUGUUAAAAUAAAUAUAUUAUUUCUAUGUAAAUAACAAAAUGAAAGGUGUUUUCGAUGUUUUAUUAAUAAAAAAACAAUCUAAAGAA